AGUCAAUACUUAACACGAGAAAAAGCCUCUGGAUUUGAUCAUCACAAACAUGAAGUCAAUGGAGAACGAUGUUGAAUUUCAAGAGUCUUCAAUAUUUAUUUGGAUAGCUCAAGAAACCAAAAAAAAUUGGUUUCAAAGCUUGACGAAUAUAGCCUACCAACAAUAGUCAAAUCUGAUAAUUAAACUGUGAAAUAUCUGUAUUAAUAUCUCCAUGGUUCUCUCCCUGUGCCCAGAUGCUGGAAAUAUAUUGCUCUUCCUUUGUAAUAUACAGGCUUAGAUUGUCAUUACUUAUGAAAUUCUGUUCAAUUUAGGGGCACUUAGGACAACACCCUUCCUAGUGACUUGCUGGAGAUAUGUUUGAAUCUUUGAAUUGUUUCGGUGCAAUGUUCAGAAGGGGUAAACGAUCCCAAAAUAGCGUUGAGAAAAAGGGAGAAGAUUUCUCCGUCAUUCGAGGAGUUAAAAUUUACUCCUAUAAGGAUCUCAAACUGGCAACAAGGAAUUUUCAUCCAGAAAACAAAAUUGGGUCUGGGGGAUUUGGAACUGUGUACAAGGGAGUCUUGAAGGAUGGUACAGAGGUUGCAGUAAAGCAGCUUUCUGCUGAAUCAAGACAAGGUGUCCGUGAAUUUUUAACUGAGAUAGCUACAAUCUCUGCAAUCAAACAUGAAAAUCUUGUCAUGCUAUAUGGGUGUUGCAUAGAAGAAGAUCAUCGAAUUUUGGUGUAUGGAUACAUGGAGAAUAAUAGCAUUUCACAUGCUUUAUUUGGUUCCAGUUAUGGUGUAAUAGACCUGGAUUGGCAAACAAGGUCCAAAAUCUGCAUUGGAACUGCACGUGGAUUUGCAUAUCUUCAUGAGAAAGUUGUGCCUCAUAUUGUGCACCGAGAUAUCAAAGCCAGCAACGUUCUCCUUGAUGGGAAUCUCAAUCCUAAGAUUGCAGAUUUUGGUCUGGCUAAACUUUUCCCAGCUAAUAUUACACAUAUCAGUACACAAGUUGCUGGAACACUUGGUUAUCUGGCUCCAGAAUAUGCCAUACGUGGGCAAUUAACAAAAAAGGCAGAUGUCUAUAGCUUGGGGGUACUUUUACUUGAAAUUAUCAGUGGCAGAACCAAUAUGAACACAAGCCUACCAGAUGAAGAGCAAAUCCUUCUGGAAAUGGCAUGGCAUUUAUAUGAGGAAAACAGAUUGCUAGAGUUGGUGGAUCCAAAUUUAGAGGAGUACUCGGAGGAAGAAGCGUCGCGGUUCAUUAAAGUCGCUCUUUCGUGCACUCAAGCUACACCCAAAACCAGACCGACCAUGUCUCAAGUAGUAACAAUGCUGUCAGAAGGGCACACCUUUACUGAGAAUUCUCUCUCACGGCCUGGUUUCAUCUCGGACCUAACAGAUUUAAAAAAACGUACACCGCAAAAGCCUUCAUCCUCAACAUCAAUGCAUGAAGGUGCAUCCACAUCCAAUAGUUCAGAGGUCUAUUUUGAGAUAUCAGCCCGUUGAGGUAUGCAUUUAUGUCGUAAACUUGUAUGUAGAUGGGGAGCAAAUUUUGUGAGUUUGAAGGCAUAAGAAUUUAAAUACCAUUUUGCUGGUGUGUGGUAUGCAUUCCAUGUCACAGUCAUAUGGUAUUUGAAGCCUUAUUUAUUUGUAUAACCGAUUUGUUAGUUUAGGUUGCUCCUUAAUAUGCUAGGAGAUUGUAUUUUAUCAGGUGUAGAAGUAUUCGUUUUCACAGACCUUCAAAGUCUGUUUAAGCCCCUGGAGAAGCUAUAGGGGUACGAAAAUGUAUAGUAUCGGAUAUUUGUUCUUGCUAAAGGUAGCAAUUAGAUUUGGACAUAAAGUUUCAAUAUUGUAAAAAUUUCCUAGUUAUGGUUGUUGCCAUCCAAUGGGGGUUUUAAGCUCAUUAAUGGACUGUAGAUGUGUAUAUGGGAUGUAAAAAUGUUGGACAAUUUCUAGUUUAGUAUUUGGAAUGUUUUUUCAGAAGAGCUGUAAUUGGAUGUAAAUGACAAUUUUGCAUCUUGAUUGUGAGAAUAUUAAUGGCGCAUUGGAUUCUGGUGAACAAA